UGUGACGUCACGGUCAGCCCACGCCAGGGUUGAAGCUGCCGGGCGCCUUGGUCUUGCAUAGCCGCGGCUCUCUCCCUGCCUCACUAGCACAUCCUCCCACUCGCACAUCCAGCUGCUCGCGCUCCUCGGAUCUCCGCGGCCCUGCGUCCAGGCCGAGGUUUCAAAAUGGAAAAUUUUGAUGCAUCACUUAGUAUCUAUUUCAGGGCACUACUGGGCCCACGAGAUACGAGAGUAAAAGGAUGGUUUCUUCUGGACAAUUAUAUACCUACAUUUGUCUGCUCUGUUAUUUAUUUAUUGAUUGUAUGGCUAGGACCAAAGUACAUGAAGAACAAGCAGCCGUUCUCUUGCAGGGGAAUUCUGGUGGUAUAUAACCUUGGACUUACCUUGCUGUCUCUCUAUAUGUUUUAUAUGCUGGUGACAGGUGUGUGGGAAGGCAAAUACAACUUCUUCUGUCAGGGCACACGCAGCGCAGGAGAAUCAGAUAUGAAGAUCAUCCGUGUCCUCUGGUGGUACUACUUCUCCAAACUCAUAGAGUUCAUGGACACUUUCUUCUUCAUCCUGCGUAAGAAUAACCACCAGAUCACAGUCUUGCAUGUCUACCACCAUGCCUCCAUGUUCAACAUCUGGUGGUUUGUGAUGAACUGGGUCCCCUGCGGCCAUUCUUAUUUUGGAGCUACACUCAACAGCUUCAUCCAUGUCCUCAUGUACUCCUACUAUGGUCUGUCAUCUGUCCCUUCCAUGCGACCCUACCUCUGGUGGAAGAAGUACAUCACUCAGGGGCAGCUGGUUCAGUUUGUACUGACAAUCAUCCAGACUAUCUGUGGCAUCAUCUGGCCAUGUGACUUCCCUUUUGGAUGGUUGUAUUUCCAGAUCGGAUACAUGAUUUCCCUGAUUGCUUUCUUCACAAACUUCUACAUUGAGACUUACAACAAGAAAGGGGCUUCUCGGAGGAAAGAGCAGCUGAAGGACCACCAGAACGGGUCUCUGACCGCUGCCAAUGGACACACCAACAGCUUACCUUCCCUGGAGAACAGCUUGAAGCCGAGGAAGCAACGGAAAGACUGAGGCAGCAGUGCCCAAACCUCCAGACCACGCAAUUGAUUGUAAGCACAGUACGAGUUGUGCCCUGACGCGCGUAACAGCUGCUGUCACUAGUCUGGCCUACUGUAGUGUGAUUUAUGUAGGAUCUUUUUCAUCAGUUCAAAUUCCCUAGACUAGUAUACAGAUUAUACAAGUAGGCAUAAGAUAUCUCACAUUUCCGGGCUCUCAUUGACCCCCACGCUAGACUGUGGAAAGGGAAUAUUAUUGUAGUAUAUGACACUGCUGUUGCCUUAUUAGUUAUAACACGAUAGGUGCUGAAUUGUGGUUCACAAUUUAAAACACUGUAAUCCAAACUUUUUUUUAACUGUAGACCGUGCAUGUGUUUGUAAAUGUAAAUUUGUACAAUGUUGUUAACAGUAGAGAAACACACAUGCCUUAAGAUUUAAAAAGCAGGGCCCAAAGCUUAUUAGUUGAAAUUAGGGUAUGUUUCAGGUUGUAUUCAUUUGUAGUAGCUCUGUUUAGAAAAGUCAAAGACAUGAUUCAUGAAACUGGUGUGUGACAUGUAACUUCAAGGGACUUACAGAUGUCAAAUCAGAAGUGGCACCUUCAGUUCUAUGAUACUGGCUUUUAACAAGCAAGCUCAAAACUAGUGGGACAGUCAGUUUAACCUUUUAACAGAUCUUAUUUUUUUAUUUUGAGUGCCAUUAUUAAUAAUGUGUUUUUAAAAGUCUUGAAGAAUCUCACAUGUCUACUCUUUGUCCCCCAGAUUCUAGGGAGACAGGAGGGUGAGUAGACCGUUCUUCAUUUCUGAAGUGUUUUUAUACAGGAAACAAAAAGUCCAUCUUUGCACCACUGCAGGAGAGGGAAAAUACUUUAUAAUUUCCCAUUCCACAGUUCCCUGGAAGAGCAGUGGGGAACUGGUUGCCAGGGUCCAAAUUUGAAUUAUUUUCUGCAGUGCUGUUUUGACAUAAACUCCCUUUUUAAAUGUGCCUAAUUUACCAAAAUUUACAAAGAAGAAAGAAAGCACCUUAAAUUUUUUGAGGUAAAGUUAAAGAGGUAGCCAGGGCAUGUAAGAACUGGGCAUAUUUGGAUAGUGGUAACUUGUCUAAUGUAAAUCUUGCAGCAUCUGUAAUUUUUUUCUGCUUAGAAUCUAAAGAUUUGUUUAGAAGCGCUUGUUUAAAAGUAAUAGACUGCUUAUCAUAAAAUCAUGUCUUGUACACUUGAGGAGGUGGACAUACAGGUAAGGAGUCUUGACUCGGUGUUGAAAGCUUAGCCUCUAAAUAUCUUCUGCAUUGAAUAAUAUUCAUCGAGCCACUGACGACACAUCUUAGGAGAUCAUUGACAAUAUAUAAACUAAUUGUGGGUUUGAUAUUUAUGUAAAUAUCAGUUUACCAUGCUUUAAUUUUGCACAUUCAUACUAUAGGGAGCCAGUUGGUUCUCUUAUUAGUCUUGUGGGUUUUCUGUUUGGAAGGAGUCACAGCAUCUGUUUACAUUUACCUUAUCAAAUCUAGAAUGUGUAUAUUUGUAAGUGUCUUCAUUCCUAGGUACUAGUUUGCAGAUGUCUUAACAUAUUUCAAUACAGAAACUGUAACAUGCAGUAGUGUGCUGUCAACCUGUGCUUAAAUCUGGAUAUACCCACACUGUUAAAUAGUGUCUAAACAUUAAUCAUUAAAACAUUUUUGAUUACUGGU